CAGUAGGCGAUGCACAGAGAUCUCCAUUUAUUCACAGAGGACUGUCUGAGUGCAAACAGUGUGAAUAACUCUCUGAACAAUUAUAUUUCUAGUUUUGGUGUGACUUCUACUAAAAUGUCAGGAGGCUCUCCGGCAGCUGGCUCCUUAAUGGUAGCAGAUUAUGUGGUGUUUGCUCUCAUGCUGUUGGUGUCCGCUGCUGUCGGGGUCUACUACGCCUGGGUCAGCAGAGGCAGAGGAAACUCCAAGGACUUCUUAACUGGGUCUCGCAAACUGACAGCCUUGCCUGUCUCCAUGUCCUUGACUGCCAGCUUCAUGUCAUCCACCACACUGCUGGCCAACCCAGCUGAGGUGUACCGCUACGGAGCCAUCUUUCUAUUGUUCGGUGUCUCCUAUGUAUUGGCGAUGGUGGUCACAUCUGAGCUCUUUCUCCCAUUCUUCUAUAGACUGUCUCUCACCAGCACUUACGAGUAUCUGGAGCUGCGUUUCAACAGAGCAACCCGUCUGCUGGGAACUGUGGUAUUCAUGAUUCAGGCAAUCCUCUACACUGGAAUCAUCAUUUAUGGCCCAGCUCUGGCUUUACAGCAAGUUAUUGAUAUGGAUCUGUGGGGUGGCAUCAUUUCAACAGGCGCUGUCUGCAUUCUGUACUGUACAUUGGCAGAGAACACCUCUGAUCGGCUGAUAUUGGAUUUGGAUAUCUUUGACAUAAACCCUUUGAGGAGACACACUUUUUGGACCAUGAUUACUGGAGGGACCUUUGGUUGGGUUGCAAUCUACGGGGUCCACCAAGCCCAGGUCCAGAGAUAUGUCUCCUGCAAAAGCAUCACUCAUGCCAGAAUAGCUCUAUACAUCAACCUGGUAGGUCUGUGUUCCUUCCUGCUGUGCUCAGUGUUUGCAGGAAUGUGCCUCUACUCAAUCUAUAAGGACUGUGACCCAUGGACCGCUGGACAUGUCUCUGCUCCUGAUGAGUUGAUGCCGUAUUUGGUGGUGGACAUCUUUACAGGUUAUCCUGGCCUUAAAGGACUAUUUUUUGCAGCAGUAUAUAGUGGCUCUCUAAGCACAGUGUCUUCAAGCAUUAAUGCACUAGCAGCAGUGACACUAGAGGAUCUGAUCAAGCCAUACACUAACAUGUCGGAGAAACACCUGACCUGGGUGUCCAAAGGACUGAGUUUCUUUUAUGGAGUUGUAUGCAUUACUAUGGCUGGACUAGCCUCGCUCAUGGGAGGGAUGAUGCAGGCAGGUGCUGUCAUCAGUGGUAUCACUCUAGGUCCUUUACUUGGCCUAUUCACACUGGGUAUCCUCUGUCCAUUUGCCAAUUCCAAAGGAGGUUUGUCAGGUCUAGUGACUGGGUUAGUGGCGGCCUUAGCUUUCUGCCUUGCAUCCCUGAUAUCCCCUCCCAUUCCUGAGAUGACCCGACCUCUGCCAAUGACCACUGAGGGCUGUAACUUCGCCACUGGUGACAGCCUCAACUGGACCUCCACGGCUCUGCCGACAGAACCAAGCACCAUCACCACUGCCCCCAUACAGAACAGUGAUGGCAUACAUCUGCUGACAGACAAAUGGCAGUCUCCUUCCUAUCUUUACCUCAGUGUCAUUGGAACUGCAACUGCUUUCAUUGUGGGAUUGAUGGUCAGCCUCUUUACAGGAGGCUGGAAGGAGAGAGUGGACUUGAGGCUUACGUUAAUGAGAGAAGACACAACUAUCUAUCACAUAUUCAAGUUCUUCAAAGGCAAAGUCAUGAGACGAACAGAGGAGUUUGACCUGACAAAGAACAGAGAGGAGAAAUCUGGCAACACAAAUCCUGCUUUCUAUGACACUGAAAUGGAUUCAACAAUAAGUAGUAUUCCCAAAUGAAAUGGAACACAUUUUCUAGAUUCAAUUCUUACAAUUUUGGUAUUUGUCACAUCACAAUUGUCAGUCAUCUUAUAGUCUAAUACAAAAAAAAUAGCAAAGGAUUCAAAGUACUUUUUUCUUUUCUAUAAACUAGGAUAUCACUGUUUAAAAAAGUAUAUUUGUAGAAUAUUUAUGUUUUAUUUUUAUUUAAUAUAACCUGAAAUAUUAAACACGAGUUAUAGCUCUGACAUUGUAAUAUCUUAAUUCAGGUGGUUUAAGAAUGUGUUCCUCUGUGUUUCCUAUUUCCUCAAAUGAGUUAACACAGUUAUAUUCUAGAUAAUAAGUAUCUAAUAUGUUUGUGUGUGUGAAGUUCUGGGACUAGGAGAACAGUGCCUACUCUUGGCUUGUUCAUUGUGACAAAAUGUUCUGUGGAAGGACUGUCAGUAAUCUCAAGUUUUGUUCUGACUUUCACCAAAAUGCCACACGUCUCUGCGGUAGCUAGCUUUGUGGUGUUUGCUCUCAUACUGGUGGUGACUGUUGGCACUGGGGUCUACUACACCUGGGUGAACAGGGGUCAGAGAAGCUCCAGGGACUCUCUAACAGGGGGCCACAGUCUGACAACUCUGCCUGUCUCCCUGUCCCUGACUGACAGCUACUUGUCAGCCGUUGUAGUGCUAACCAACCCAGCUGAGGUAACAGCACACAGACCCUUCAUGCACGAGUCCAAAAAACAUCUCUUCCUGAUCAUUGAUUUUUUUUAAACCGGUUGUUAGCCCUAAGUUUUUCCAUGGUUACAGGAGCAAACUAAUGAAAAUGGUUCAUCACAAUAGGUUGGGUAUAAUCACAUGUUGGAUUCUGUUGCUCAAAUACUUAAAUGGACUGAAUCUCAUCAUUUGAACUGAUGUACAAAAACACCUGUUAUGCCCAGUUUGUUUGAGAGCAUAAUGAGGAAGGGGGGUCUACACAAUAGCAGCUCAAUUAAACAAGGUUAACUCAAUAGAAUCAAAACCAAACUAAACCUGUCUUCCAGAAGAGAGAUAGAGAGCACACCAGCUUGAACUCACAGAGCUUUUAAAAACCCCAAGCAGGUGAAACCAAUCCCUUAAUGAGGUGGGAGGGGUCAGGCAAUCAGGGGGGAGCAUAGAAAGGUCAAAACAGGUAAUGCUCUAAGGGUUAUGGCUGUCUCACACCCUGACUUCCAUUUAUACUGUAUUUUUUCAAUUUUACCUCUCAGCCAAGUAUCUGGAGCUGUGAUUCUGCUUGUCAUUGUUCUGACAGUCAACACACACUUGCAAUGUUUUCUUUCAGUCUACGUUUUCCUAUUUUAAUGGAAGAAAUAU